AUGACCAACAAUACAGGAAUUAAAUUUAAAUCAAUUCCAAGCCAAUAUCCAGUAGUUGGUGAACAUAUCGAAGCUGUACAUAAUAAAAUCGAUAUUGAUUCUUAUGUUCUCAAGCAAGAUGAAAUAUUAGUAAAAAAUAUCUAUAUAUCAUUAGAUCCUUAUAUGCGUGGCAGAAUGAGAUCACCUGAAAUCGAGUCUUAUGUUGAUGCGUUUCCUCUUGGCGAAAUUAUGCAGACCUCUGGUAUUGGUGAAGUGGUUAAGAGCAAUAAUUCAAAAUAUAAAAUUAAUGAUUUAUAUUCUGGAUUUACUGGAUGGGAAGAAUACUCGUUGAUCUCAGCCAACAAUGCAAAUCAAAAUGCAGGUUUUAUUGAAAUUUUAAAUUCUAGUAGAGUGUCCGGGUCCCCUCCCAUUAGCUAUUUUCUAGGUGUGUUGGGUAUGCCUGGCAUGACAGCUUAUACUGGAUUAUUUAAAAUCGGCCAACCAAAAAAAGGCGAAACCAUUUUUGUUUCAACAGCAGCAGGUGCGGUAGGCCAAGUUGUUUGUCAAAUCUCCAAAAUUUUGGGUUUACGUGUCAUUGGAUCUGCUGGCGAUGAUAGUAAGAUUGAUUUUCUUUUAAAUGAAUUGAAAAUAGAUGGAGCCUUCAAUUAUAAAAAAUCUGAUACCAAAAAGAAAUUGGAAGAAUUAUGUCCAAAUGGAAUAGAUAUUUAUUUUGAUAAUGUUGGAGGAGAGACAUUGGAUAUAACAUUACCCCAAUUAAAUAAAAAUGGAAGGGUGGUGGUUUGUGGAAUGAUAUCACAAUACAAUGCUGAAGAACACUAUGGUCUUAAAAAUGGUAUUUACAUCCUUACAAAAAGCCUUCUUGUUCAAGGCUUUAUUGUACUGGAUUAUUAUAAAGAAUUUUAUGCGAACUUCAUAAAAGAUAUGAAUCAAUGGUUGGGAUCUUCCCAAAUAAAGUAUCAAGAGAAUAUUGUUGUAGGGAUCGAAAAUUCGCCUGAUGCUUUUUUGGGAAUGUUGAAUGGUAAAAAUUUUGAAGUUAAGAUUGUGUAUUUUGCAACAGCUCGAGAUGCGACAAAUUUAUCAUCAGAAACAAUUUCUUUGAAUAGUAAUAACGAUAAAAAUAGUAUAACAACACUUCAAGAAAUCAUAAAUAUAUUAAAAAGUCGGCAUAAAAACCUUACACCAAUACUUGAGAAUUGUAUGUUUGCAAUCAAUAUGGAAUAUGUUGAUAAUGUUGAUAAGAGCAUGAUAAAAUCUGGUGAUGAAGUUGCAAUAAUUCCACCUGUUUCUGGCGGAUAA